GGACGGCAUUCGAGCGUGUGUUGCCCGCAAGAAUAGAACUUUCCGCGUUAUGGGAUGGAGGACCGUUUUAUUUGGUUCGUGGUCCUCCAUUGCGUCAUGCUGGGCGGAUUCUUCGAGUUCGGUGAUUCGUCGUUUUUUGAAGGAGAUCUUGAAUCCCAUUUCGUUUCCGCUCUCGGGGAUUCCAAGGUUACAGAUGAGCGUACCGUAUACGAUCUCGAAGCUUCUGGGUUCCUCGCAUUAGAGCGCGACAGAGGGUCCGCGGCCGAGCCCGAGCUCGGGUCGGGAGACACCAUACCGCGGGUUGAGCAGUCUGCCCAAAGCAGCUUGACGCCCCUCCCUCCGACCAUAUCGAUCCCUCCAUCAACGAAAGGGACAAAGAAAAUACGUGAGCUCACCGUGAGGUUCGAAUCUCCGACAACUUUCAUCGUAAGGUGGCAGCAAACUUCGCGCUCGUCCUACAAAGUGACCAUCAGUCAGCGUGACGACGAUCAAACACUUCUCGAAGAGAUCGGAACCUUCCGCUGGGGACUGAGACUCAACACAACUUCAGUUCCCUUGGAGUCCUUCAAAGAGUACAUGGUCACUGUUUUCGAGCGCGAAACCGGAGUGGAAGCUACGAUUCCGUUCUGGUCUCCUCCGGAGCCUCCGAGUGCUCCGGCUCUUCAGGUGAUGCCGCAGCCCGGAAAACUGGUCAUCACAUGGGAUACCCCGACAAAGAGCAAUCGAGCACUUCUGGACUUUCGAUUACGUAUAUGUGUCGAGCUCGGUCACGAAAAAUGCAAGAACGUCACAGUUGGAAGUGGUAUCCACGCCCUGACCGUUAGGACGACGCCAGUGGUUGAAACUUACACCGUGGAGUUGUGGGCGAGCCAUCGGUUUGUUUUCGGUGAUUUUUCUGUCGACUCCGAUUCUCGGAAUGUGACACGCACUUCAUGUCGAGGCGAUACACUGUCCGACUUGAGCCUCCAUUUCAACCGGAUCACACAAAAGGCGGAGUUCCUCUUUUCGAAAAGACACUUUUCUCACAUAUGUGGUUUCGGAAUUGUGGACAAACUGGAGAUCGAAUGGAGUGAUCCGAGGGCCGCAUUCACGUGCGCUUCCCCCCUCGAGCAUUCAGAAUGGAUACCGUCAUCUGAAGAGGAUCCCUUCACUUGUAACUUAGCGGAUUGGGAAACGUUUCGCUGCUCUAUUGGGAUCCGAGAAAGUCAGCCCCAUGAGUUCGGAGAUCGACGGCUCGUGGUUAAAGCUGUAGACGCAGAAGGCCGCUGUGCAUUCGCUGUCAGCAACACUGCGCUCAUAGUAGCGAGAGCCCGAGGUGAAGCAUCGGCUCUUCCGUGGGUGAUCUUCGGAGUCCUGGUCGCGAUGACUACGCUCGGCAUAGCCUACAAGAAGCGGGAACCGCUCUGGACAUUCGCGACAGACCUCAUAAGCAAUUUCAGCCGACGGAGUCGCUGCCACAAUGGUGUCGAGUUGCCUAGAGUUUCGUAUUUCAAAAUUCGGAGUCCCGAGGAGGCUGCUCGAUUCACUGAGGAAUAUUUCCAGAAAAAAAGAGACAUGAAUUACGCAAUGUCCCUCGAAUACGAACAAAUUCAGCAAGACAGCGAGCGCUUGAUGGCUGAUCAAAGUUUUGGAUUGCAACCCGAGCUGCGGCUCAAGAAUCGCUACAAGAACAUCAUUCCAUUCAACAACAACCGAGUCGUACUUCAAGCUCAGAACGGUGAAGUGCUGUCCACGUACAUCAAUGCGUCACUAGUCAAGGGUUUCGACGGGAGAGCGAAAUGCAUUGUGAGUCAAGGACCGAAGAUGGAAUCCCUAGAAGAUUUUCUACGGAUGCUCAUCGAAUACGACGUCAGUCUGAUCGCAUCGCUCUUGUCGACCAUUGAUAUCGACGUUGACCAGGAUAAGCGCCAAUGCAGUCGAUACUGGCCAAGGGAAGUCGGAGCCUCCGAAGAAUUCGGCAAAUUCAGCGUCAAGCUCGAAUCAGAGUCUCGAUACGAUUGUUUCUUACGGCGCAAUCUUAAAAUCUCGGGUCCUGGUGUCACUCAUCGAGUCGCCCAGCUUCAUUUCUUCCGCUGGCCGGAUCACCAAACCCCCACCAAGUCCGAAGAUCUCUUGACGUUUCUCUCAGUUUACCGGACAUUGAAACGUGGAACUCCCGUUAUCCAUUGCAGUGCCGGCGUUGGUCGAUCGGGCACAUUGGUAGCCCUGGACUUCCUCAUGGACCUUCUAGAGAAAGGCGAAAGACCCACGAUCUCGCGCGUCGUCGCUCAUCUGCGCACCCAAAGGGUUUCUAUGAUCCAAACUGAGGAGCAAUACGUUUUCCUCUACGACUGUAUCUACGCUGCCGUCAAUGAGAAGUCUCAGACCAAAUACCUAAAUAACUAUAUGACUCACGCAUUGUGAAUUCCGUUGGAUGAUGCGGGAUGUAAAUAUAAUACCAGGCGAGCACACGGUUGAUGUAAAGAACGCAUUCCCGAUCAAUUACAACAUAUCCGUCAACAUAUAUGUAUACGACAUCAAGCAUAUUUAUGAAUACGAGAAAUAUAUAAACGGGCUUUUCCGAUCAC